AUGAAAAAUGAGGACUAUUCGACGUAUGAGUACUAUUUGACGUAUGAGGACUACAAGAAAAAUGAGGACUACAUGAAAAAUGAGGACUACAUGACGUAUGAGGACUACUUGACGUAUGAGGGCUACAUGAAAAAAAAGAACUACAUGAAAAAUGAGGACUUCUUGACGUAUGAGGACUACUUGACGUAUGAGGACUACUUGACGUAUGAGGACUACAUGAAAAAUGAGGACUACUUGACGUAUGAGGACGACUUGACGUAUGAGGACUACUUAACGUAUCAGGACUACUUUACGUAUGAGGACUACUUGACGUAUGAGGACUUCUUGAAGUAUGAGGACUACUUGACGUAUGAGGACUACUUGACAUAUGAGUACUACUUGAAGUAUGAGGACUUCUUGAAGUAUGAGGACUACUUGACGUAUGAGGACUACUUGACGUAUGAGGACUACUUCACGUAUGAGGUCUACUUAACGUAUGCGGACUACUUGACGUAUGAGGACUACUUGACGAAUGAGGAAUACUUGAUGUAUGAGGAGUACAUGAAAAAUGAGGACUAUUCGACGUAUGAGUACUAUUAUACGUAUGAGGACUACAAGAAAAAUGAGGACUACAUGAAGAAUGAGGACUACAUGACGUAUGAGGACUACUUGACGUAUGAGGACUACAUGAAAAAUGAUAACUACAUGAAAAAUGAGGACUUCUUGACGUAUGAGGACUACUUGACGUAUGAGGACUACUUGACGUAUGAGGACUACAUGAAAAAUGAGGACUACUUGACGUAUGAGGACGACUUGACGUAUGAGGACUACUUAACGUAUCAGGACUACUUUACGUAUGAGGACUACUUGACGUAUGAGGACUUCUUGAAGUAUGAGGACUACUAG